UUAAAAUACCUAUUUAGAAAUACUGUGUGCUUGAGGUCACCUUUUAUUUAGAAAACUCACUUCCUGCUUGCAGCAAUAUGUGCCCACAGCAUGAUACUCCCACCACAGUGCUGUGUAGUUGUGGCUGUGCAGUAUAAUGGUGUUUCAUUAGACAUGAAGACACUUCUCCCAAGUCCUCAUAUAAAUUAUUGUCUGUUGUUUGAGGAAACUCCUCUCCUUGUGAAAUGAGACUGCUUGGUCCCAUGUUGUUUAUGAACAAGACCCAUGAAUAUCCACCGUAAAUCUCCCCCAAGGUCUUGGCCAAUUUCUUUUGAUGUCAAGUAAACAGGAAAUAAGUUUGAAUAUCUUAUGGUUGGCCUUAAAAUACAUCCACGGGGUCCCCAAUUGACUUAAAUGACCUCAGUGAGUCUAUCAGAAGCUUCCAUAGCCAUGACCUAAUUUUCUGGAAUUUUCCACCCUGUUUAAAGACACAGUCAGCUUAGUGAUGCAAACUUCUAACUCACUGAAGAUAUAGGUUAUAAUGUGCUAAGGUGAAAGUGCAAUGAUCUGCCUUUAAACAAAGAAUUACUUUGUGCCAUGCAUGAAGAAACUGUGCCGUAUUAUUUUCUAAAAUGUAUAGUUGCCCAGCACUUGUUUAAUAAAAGAAUAAAAAAAAAAAAAGGUUUUAAUGACUUGAAUCCUGUGUAGACUCCUGACUUCAGCUGCAGCCUGGGUGUUUAAUGCCUAAUCCGUGACUGGAAAUAAUGAUGUAAAGGUUUUUUCACACUUAAUCUGUCCUUCUUGGAACAACUAGGUGCAUUGGGAUACCUGGUGAGAGUUUUUGUAAAUGAAAUAUUAUACUGUGCACUCAAGAUGUUAAUGUUGAGAGUGCUCUGUCAGUUUAUUCGUUCUGUUUGUAGUUUUUACAGGAUUUCUGGGUAUAAAGUGAUCUUGGGAAGUCUUCUCCAUGAUAAGAAGUGUUGGCAAUGUCCUCCAAAGGAAUAGUUUUAAGUGUUGAUCUACUGUAGCAAUGUCAUGAAAGUUAAUUUAAGAAUAAAGCUUUCAAGUCACAUUUUCUCUAUUUCGGACUACUACCCCCACCUCUUUUGUUUGAAGUCAGCUGAUGUACUUCUGCACGCGAUGGUCUGCUGACCUUCCUGCAAUCAGACAAGGUGCAUGAACGUGUCUGUAUGUGGCCAAAGCUGACAGCGUAAGCAAGUAUAUUCCAGCACAGAUGAUAGUGAAGGUGUGGAGCGAAGAUGGGGCCGGCAAAGUGGUGGAGAUCCCUGUGGACAUGACGGCGAGGGAUGUGUGUCAGUUGCUGGUGUACAAGAGCCACUGUCUGGAUGACAAUGCCUGGGCUCUGGUGGAGCACCACCCCAUCCUUGGCCUCGAGAGAUGUCUGGAGGACCACGAGCUGGUGGUUCAGGUUCAGGCCUCCAUGAGCAGCGAAAGUAAAUUCCUCUUCAGGAAGAACUAUGCCAAAUAUGAAUUCUUCAGGAACCCCCUGAACUUUUUCCCAGAACAGAUGGUGGCUUGGUGUCAGGAGUCUGAUGGCUCAAUCCCUCCGUCACAGCUCUUACAGAACUUUCUGAACCCGAGCAGCUGUCCAGAAAUCCAGGGCUAUCUUUAUGUAAAGGAGCCUGGACGCAAGUCCUGGAAGAAGCUCUACAUGUUCCUGCGACGUUCUGGCCUCUAUUACUCGACUAAAGGAACAUCCAAGGAACCCAGACACCUGCAGCUGCUGUCUGAUCUGGAAGACAGUAACAUCUUCACCAUCAUCACAGGCAGAAAACUUCACAACGCUCCUACAGACUACCAGUUUUGCAUCAGGCCCAGCAAAGUGAGGAGUGACUGUAAAGAGUUAAAGAUGCUGUGUGCAGAGGACGAACAGAGCAGGACCUGCUGGAUGACUGCCUUCAGACUGCUCAAAUACGGGAUAGUCCUGUAUCAGAACUACAACGUGCCCCAGCAGAGGAAGUCUGCAGUCUCGCCUUUCUCUGCACCUGUGCGGAGUGUAUCCGAGAACUCCCUGGUUGCCAUGGACUUCUCGGGACGGACCGGACGCGUCAUCGACAACCCUGUCGAGGCCCAGAGCGCCGCCCUGGAGGAGGGACAGACCUGGAGGAAAAGAAGCCAGCGUAUGAAUGUCCUGGGCAGCCCCAGCCCCCUGCAUCCAUCCUCUCUGAGCACAGUGAUCCAUAGGACGCAGGUUUGGUUCCAUGGUCGCAUCAUGAGAGAGGAAGCCCAUAAAAUGAUCAUGCAGCAAGGCCAAGUAGAUGGAUUGUUCCUGUUGCGGGACAGCCAGAGUAAUCCCAAGGCAUUCGUGCUCACUUUGUGCCACCACCAGAAGAUCAAGCACUUCCAGAUCCUACCGUGCGAGGAAGACGGUCAGGUGUUCUUCAGCCUUGAUGAUGGUGCCACCAAGUUCACAGACCUGAUCCACCUGGUGGAGUUCUACCAGCUCAACAGAGGAGUGCUGCCCUGCAAGCUCAAACACCCCUGUACCGCUGUGGCCUUGUGACACUCCCCCCCACCUCCCCCCAUCCAACACCACCACCCCAUUUUUUGCACACCUCCCACCCCGAGAUCCCCCCACCCCUCCUUGCUCUCAUGCACCCUUCCCUCACCGACACGAUGAGGUUGAGGAGAUAAGUAACGCCAUGUUUCGAGGAUGUGACCAACUCAGCAGCCAGCCAUGGGAGGUUUGAUGUCCCCAGUGCGCCGUGCUUUUCUCCACCUUAUCGCUGUUUUGGUGUUUAAAUGAGAACCAUUAGGACAGUCCAAGUGUUGCAGAUUGUGAGCUCAGCAUUUGCUCAACUCAUGAUGUUGUCCUUGAGAUUCGGUUGAUUUGUCAUUGCCUUUCUGAUCAUGGAGAAACAUUUUAUGUUCUGAAAACAAUGGACUGCUGUAGGAACAUCUUUACAGCAGGUGUGCAGGUCUUUUUGAUGGAUCCCUCUGUGCCCAUGGUUCUUCAUACCCAUCAGUCCCCCCACCCCCAUCUUCCAGGCCUGAUAAGCUGUGGUGCCCGCCCCACCCUCGCCUAUGAGGCGGGCAGGGGGCGCCACCCUCUGACUUCCUCAUUGAUCAUCAGGGAUGGACGGGAACCUCUCUGGGUCCUAUCAAACUUGAUCCAGGAGUUUCUUAACCUGUGCAGUCCAGUCUGGAUAAGCUGACACCCUGUCCCUCCCUCCAACAACUUAGCCGGCUCGACGUGAUGUCUCUGCCACGUCCUGGCCGACAGUCGCUUAGUGUAACCCCGAUUACUCCUCCACACAAGCUCAGAGAACAUUUUGGGAGAGAGGAAAGAAUAACUAAAGGCAAGAUGAGCAAAGCAGUGGCGAGGGUUUGCUGAAAGGACAGAGGAAUGUUUAUCAGGAAGGCCGUAACAAGCCUCUCUUGUAGAGUUGAUUACUUGAUGUCAUUUUAUUGCUGUUUUAUUACUGUUGAUUCAAUGCAGAACUAGUUUUGCACUCCUGGGCGGACAGACGACAGCUCUUUAGCUACAUGAAGCUGCCUCCUCUUCCUCCUUCAGUCUGUCUGAAUAGCAUGCAAGUGAAUACCCACCAGCGCUGAUUGGAUUACGGUAUGGAAGCACAGAGUAACAGCUGAGUAUGCAGUGCUUUUCAGAAAGGUUUAGAAACGUAUUGUAUUUCUGUGUAGCUCGUACUAACAAGGCUACGCUACCCCAAAUAUUAAGGUAUGUGCUUUGAACCACAUGCAGCACCUGAAAAAUUGUGAGGAAGAGGAGGAAGACUGUGUGAUAGACUCCUGAAAAGUGUGUCCACCCACAAGCUUCUACCUUUUCAGUUAUUGUUUUUUUAAUGGAAAGGGUUAUAUUUGUUGGUGAAUUUGUCUUUGAAUGUUUUUCUUUCCUAAGUCUGAUCUGAGUUCAGUGCUUGCACAUUUAAUCAUUCUGAUUUUGGGUUGGAGCUGUCAAGUUCGGAUUCUGACCACUGUUCCCUCGUACAAAGCAACAAAAGCACUCUCAUAACUUUUCUUUUUUUGUUUUGUUUUAUUUUAAUUUUAAAUAUAAAAUUUGAACAAAUGACUUGAAAUGUGAGCUCAGUUGACGGUGCAUAAACAGUCAACUGAGGCUUCACUUGCCUUAAGUGAAAAUUGUGAGCCUUGUGUAUGAAAUUGAAGAAACUAUCUUAAAAUGCACAUAGUUGCAUAUUUGGGAUUUUAACGUGAUGGAAAAACAUCAAGGGUGAAUAUGUGAACCAUUAUGUUUGAAGGAUGGUGCAAGAUUUUGGGAAAUAAUUUUAUUUGCUUUCUUAUACCACUUUUUAUAGGUGUAUCUGUAUGCUAAAUAUGAAGCUACCAAAUUUAGAUUUAAAGGAAUGAUUUAAUUCUAGAUUAAUGGGUUAAAAUGGUAAGAUAAAUUAUUAAAUUAAUGGGGAAAAAAGCCAUGCCAUUUUUUUUUCUUCUAACAAGUUUAUUUAUCCAAGAAUUUCCAGUUUUUGUUAACUCCUUUAAUCAUGGAAUUUUCUUUUUUUUUCUUUUUUUCUUUCCCUUCACCUCCUUUUCUUGAAUCUGUAAUUUUCUUGGUUAUUUUAGGCCUAAUAAACAAACGUAAUCUGACCUAGCUACGCUUCGCUAAUUUAAGCAAUGCAAACUUAAUGCCAGUGUUUCCCAAACGUUUUCUGCAGGGCCCCCCUUUCAUCCACAACAACAAUGUCAAGCCCCCCCUCCCCAUGCCCGAUAUCUUUUUCUGGUAGUUGAAAUCUCUGUUGUUGAUUCAUCAUCAUUUGUCCAUUAGUAGUUUUACAAAUUUGUCCAUGUUUUGCUAGCAGUGCAGAAAAGCGCCCCCCCCCCCCCCCCCCCCCCCCCCUCCCCAUUAUAACUCUAGGCCCCCACUUAGGGGUCCUGCCCCCCAGUUUGGGGACCACUGAUCUAUGCUAACUUAAGCUAUGCUGAGCUAAUAGUGGCUAAGCCAAAGUAAGCUACACUAAGAUAAGCUGUGCUAAGCUAAGCUAAAGCUAGCUGGCUGAGGGCUGUACAGCAGCUUCAUAUUUACCACACAGACAACAAAUUGUCUUGAGUCGUGAACUUAAAGUGUUAAUCUUCAACAUUUAUAUGUUGGGUUGCCACACUGAGUAUUGUUUUAACUACACACAGGAUAAGACAAUGGUGUCUACUAAACAUCUUACUUUCCGCAAGAAAGCAAAUAUUUUUCAAACUAUGUCAAUUUCUUAGAAAUUAAAAAAAAAAAGAAAAAAAAAAGAGGACAAACCUCUGAACGUAAUUUGGAAAACAGGCACUGGUGAGGCAAUAUUGCAUCAGGGUUAAACGUAAUACUAUGUCCAUCUAUCCAACAGCUUUAGGGAGUUUUUACAUUUAGUGUGCAUGUUAAACAUCAGUGGUGUCAGUGCCACACGUUUGAGCACCAAGGGCUUUUUUUCUUGAAACUUGAUUGAACAGCCACUUUAAAACUCUCACAUGUAAAUAAAUCCAUCAGACCGAGGCAGACGUAGCCAUUGUGUGCUUAGGUUGCAUUUUUAGUAGGACCACUGCCUAGAAUUGCUUAAUUGCCCUGUUGAAUACAAAAUUAAUCAGUAUUUAGUACAGGCAACUUAAGAUUGUUUUUUCUUAUAUCAGAAAUGCCAAAUAUUUUAUUUCCACUUCACAGUUGUAAUUAUUUGCUACUUUGUUCCUUUUAAAAUUACGUGUAUAAGCCGAAUAUCUGCGUUUCAGUUUAGUGAUUAGACUAAAUAAUCCAUGGUAGUUUCUGUUGUUAUAAAAAAAAUAAUGGCCAGUUUUCAUAAAUUUCAGCCCGAAAUUACUUGGCUCAAUUCUUUUUGGUAACUAUUGAAAUGAAAGCCUUUUAUUACAGUCAUUAUAUACAAUAUUGGUAUUAUAGAUUGGUAUUAUAUAUUAUUAUAAUAUUGGUAUUAUAAUUCAUUGCUUUUAUAUGUUAAAGUACAGGGGCAGAUAUAAGUAUGCCUUAUUCACUGCUGGUCUAUUGACAUACUUCACAAAGCAAAUAGGUGCAUAUCUCUGUGAGGAAGAAAAAAGAAUAAAAAAUUGAGAAAUAAGGCAGUGGGAUUAAACAAAAUGCUCAAAGUUGUGACGAAACAGAAAAUUAAGAAAAAAAGACUAGAAAAAAGUGAUAAAAAAGAUUAGACUAUCAUAAUAAAAUGUAGCAUGCUCUUGUAAUUUAAUUGUAUGUUCUGUUUGUUUUUUUUUAUUCUUUUUUGGUUUAUUGUAUUUUCUUUGAUAAUGAUGACAAAUUAAGCCCCCUAGUGGUGACAAAAAAACACUGUAGCAGUCACUAAAAAUGAGUUUAAAUAGAAUCGGCACAUAUGAAUUAUAGUUAGUGUUACUUUUUUCAGAUGCUACAAAAACAUUAAAAACACACUCAAAGUGGUUGUAGGGUGAUCUAAGUUGAUUUUCUUUUAAAUGUUCUAACUUUGGCCAUGACUGUACCUACACAUAGGAAUAAUAGUCACUUGGACUUUCUACAUGCCUAACUAAAUUCUAUCCAAAUAUUAUUGACAUGCAAGGCAGUGCCGUCACCACUCAAUUGCACAACUUUACACACUCACCAGCUCUUCGCUCUACCAGUCAGGCCUUUCCAGUCAGACUGGACUUGCUACCAGAAUUGGAAAAUGCUUGAACCACCCCACCCCCACCCCCAAACCCGUGUCCAGCCUUUAAGCUAUGAACCUGUUGUGAAUAUGUGUGUGUGUGUUUUUUGGCUAGACUGUUAUAUUCAUUCUUCCCCUUUUACAAACAGUAUGAGGAACACUGCUUGUUGGUUGGGUUUAGUAAAGUGAGGCUGUGGAUGUAGAGCAGACUGGAGACCAGGCUGGAGGUUUCUCCCAACAUUCCCAGUCCUCUGCUGAGCUUCUUAAAUGUCUUUCAGAGUGGGAGCCAUGUCACUCUUGGUCAUUGGGGAAGGAUCGCCAUCCUUUCCACCACCCUUCCUUUUUAAUCACUGUACUCCAAUGCAAUCCUUUACACAAGUUCAGUUAUUUGAAUAAACCAGAAAAAAGUAUCAUCUGUUUUCUAAGUAUGUGAAGCUAUGGAGAAGUAGAUCUAACACUGUACCUAGGUCACAGAUCACUAUGUAUGGGGUGUUAUGCUUUUGCUCAUAAUACCAUGUAAAAUUAAUGAUUUAUUUUGUCCUUUUCUCAUUAUUUGAUUGUAUGUUUACGUUUUGGUGUGUGUUUUUUUUUUUUUGGUUUACCAUAAAAAACCUUUUAUAUAAAAAUAUAUAAAUAUAUCUAUAAAAAGAAUAUACCACAGUAUUAAAUUAAAUCAUUUUUAAUUUUAAAAAAAUCAAACUGGACUUUUGGCAUGUGUCAAAUUUCUGAACAUCAUUUGUGUGAAUAAGCUGACAGGCUGUAAGAGUCUUCAACUCUGCUAGCAUCCAAUUUUAAUGCCAUUUUGUUUUAGAAAAACAAACAAAUGCAUGUUUUGAAUAUCCCCUCUCAUCAUUUCUGGUUUAUUUUACUUUUUGCCUCAAGAAAACACUCCAGUACAUGUUUGGUACUUCCACACCUAACACCAGUGAGUUUUCAUCAAGUUCACACACACCCACUCACAUGGACGCUCUAAAUCUUAACCCGUGGGGAUAUUCGUAGUAGCUUUUGUAUACUUUCAUCACAAGUAGUGCAGUUAUAUGCUGUAGCUCAAGAGGAUUGUGCAUUUCUUUGUCCAUAUACUCUUUAUUUUAAGAUGCAUAAUUUUUUUAAUUCUGUCUUUCUUAAAUAAGUCUUGCAGGUGCCUCUUUCUAAAUAGUAACAAGUCCUUAGUUGCCAUCCGUCCAUUUAUUGCGUUCAUUUGGCUGUGACUGUGAAAUGUAAUCUUACUGGAACUAAUUCCCAACUUCAGGUCAACAUCACAUACAUGUCUUGUUGGGUUUGGUGACUUGCAGUGUUGGAGCAAACCAAACUAACAGGUGGUUGUUUUAUUGUUGGGUUGAAGUCAUCAUAAACUGAAGUCAAACAUUUCAGAGAAAGAAAAAGAGCAAAUGAACUGCAAUCAUUUUUUAACAUAAGCCCAUUGUGCUUUGCUUCAUUCUGUCUCUGUGGCUCCUGGAUCUACAUUGUAUCCUGUUCAGGUAUUUUUGUACAAAUAAGGGACUGAUAUAUUCUCUGUUUAUUGGAAAUUAGAAUAAAGACAACAUUGCUAUAAACCAAA